AUGGCUUCAUACGGCACAGACAAUGAGAGCAUCAAUUCUACCACGUCCAAUGAUGAAGCUAUACCGGUCAAGAGCCUCGAGAAGCACGCGCCCAGCCGUCAAGCCGAACUUGACACCGACACUGAUGACAUCCAUUACGAAUACCUCAACUUCACGACAGAACUCCCGCCGUAUGCUCUGACAUCGCCAUAUCCAGACGGUCCUCAACCACCAAAUCUCAAAAAGUAUGACAAUCCUUUCGGCUGGUCCAGAGCCCACAAGAACACCAUUCUGUUCCUCUGCACCGCCUCCACCUGGUGCGCCGCCUACAGUGCGGGCUCCUACUCCAUUGCUUCCGAACCGAUGCGCGAGAAAUGGGGACUCUCCCUCGUUGCAUUCAACACCGGUGUGACCUGUUGGGCCGCCGGCUUUGGCAUUGCGCCCAUGUUUCUCGCUCCAUUCAGUGAGAUCAACGGCCGCAAACCCGUCUUCCUGGCUUCCGGCUUUGUCCUUCUCGCCGCGCAGAUCGGUUGUGCCUUCGCGGACACUUUCGCCGGCAUGCUGGUCGCUCGAUUCUUCGUCGGGGCCGCCGCCUCCACAUUUUCCACCAUCAUCGGCGGCGUCCUCAGCGACAUCUACCACGCCGAGGACCGCAAUACCCCUAUGGCAGUCUACUCGGGCGGCGCCUUGGCCGGAACCGGCUUUGGGCCUUUCCUCUGCGGCUUCAUCAUCGACCGGGCCUCAUACCGCUGGGUCUUCUACCACCAAAUCGCCAGCAUCGGUGUACUGGUCAUCAUCAUGACGCUGUUCUUCCGCGAGACCCGCGGCAGUGUGCUCCUGUCCCGCCGUGCAAAAGUGCUCAACGACUACUUCGCCGCUCUCGAAAACUCUGGCUAUCUCCCACCACAAAAUGCCGACAACACCACCACCACCUCCCCCUCCUCCAACCCAGCGAAGCGCCUCCGCUACCGCUGCCUCGCCGACGAGCAGCGCGCCACCAUCAGCCGCAUGAUCUACCUCUCGCUCACCACGCCCUUCAAGCUCCUCUCGACCGAGCCCGUCGUCUUCUUCUUCUCUAUGUGGGCCGCCUUCGCCUGGGCCGUGCUAUACAUGACCUUCGCCGUCAUUCCCGUGGUCUUCACCGCGCGCCACAACUUCGACGCCCAAGCCAACGGCCUCGUCUUCCUCGCCAUCGCCAUCGGCGCCAUCGUCGGCGCCCUCCUCUCCAUCUACCAAGAACGCGUCGCCCGCGCCUACUUCCCGGACCUGCUCCAAAAGCCCGAAGGGAGACUCUACUUUGCCUGUCUGGAGAGCGCGCUGCUGCCCAUCGGCCUCUUCUGGUUCGGCUGGACCUCCUUCUCGAGCGUGCACUGGGCCAGCCCCGUCAUCGCCCUGGGCGUCGCCCAGGUCGGCAUCUUCUCCAUCUACCUCGCCGUCUUCAACUACCUGGCCGACGUGUACCACCGGUACGCGUCGAGCGCGCUCGCGGGCCAGAGCUUCUGUCGGAACGUCGGCGCCGCCGUCUUCCCGCUGUUCACGGUGCAGAUGUUUCAGGGCCUGGGCUUCCCGGGCGCGGCGAGUCUGUUGGGCGGGGUGGGCGCAUUGCUGACGCUGGUGCCGUGGGUGUUGGUGUUUCAUGGGGAGAAGAUCAGGAGGAGGAGUAGGAUCGCAAGGGAGAUUAUGGGAGAAUGA